AUGUUGCAGAAACUUCCACUGAAGGACUUUUCGUCUGAAAUCCGCGCAAACAUGGACAUUAAGUUGUUUAUCAAAGAGGCCACUCUUUUGCUGGACCUGCAGGCCUCCUCAUUGGAAGACAUUAUCCACGAGAUGUUAGUUGCCGUCUUCAGCAACAACACGGGCGCCAGUGGGAGUUUCAAUGGAGAUGUCAUAGAGCACAAUUCGACUCCUGGCGGUGGUGGCGGUGGCGGUGGCAAUUCGUCAACGACCUUCAGGGUCACAACUGUAAGCAGCCCUACGGCGACCAUGGAAUGUUCGCAUAUGCCCUUCGGCACAUCGAACAGUGAACUCAACAGCCCUACCUCCGAAGCGCCCACGGUGGACUCGCUGAUAGAAAAGGCCAAAAAAGCCCUCUUUCUGCAGAUAACACUGAACGACCGCUCAUGUAAGAAAGUCGCAAAAACUUGA